AUGGCCGGAGCCGUUCCCGCAGCCCCACUCCUGAAGGACGAGCUCGACAUCGUCAUACCAACGAUUAGGAACCUCGAUUUCCUCGAGAUGUGGCGGCCGUUUUUCGAGCAGUACCACCUGAUCAUCGUCCAGGACGGCGAUCCGUCGAAGACGAUCAAGGUGCCGGAAGGUUUCGAUUACGAGCUGUACAAUCGCAACGACAUUAACAGGAUUUUGGGGCCCAAGGCGUCCUGCAUCUCGUUCAAGGACUCCGCGUGUCGGUGCUUCGGGUAUAUGGUGUCCAAGAAGAAGUAUAUCUACACCAUUGAUGACGAUUGCUUUGUUGCCAAAGACCCAUCUGGAAAAGACAUCAAUGCGCUUGAGCAGCACAUCAAGAAUCUCCUGAGCCCAUCAACCCCUCAUUUUUUCAACACCCUUUACGACCCGUAUAGGGAGGGUGCCGAUUUUGUUCGUGGAUACCCAUUCAGUCUUCGUGAAGGUGUCCCGACUGCAGUCUCUCAUGGCCUCUGGCUCAACAUCCCUGAUUAUGAUGCCCCUACACAGCUCGUCAAGCCUCGUGAAAGGAAUACCAGGCACAUUAACAAAUCUAUCUGGAUUUUUUGUAAUUUUUUUUUGCUCUCCAGGUAUGUGGAUGCUGUUUUGACAAUCCCCAAGGGUACCAUUUUCCCAAUGUGCGGUAUGAAUUUGGCCUUUGACCGUGACCUGAUUGGCCCAGCAAUGUACUUUGGGCUCAUGGGAGAUGGUCAACCCAUUGGGCGAUAUGACGACAUGUGGGCCGGCUGGUGCACCAAGGUUAUAUGCGACCAUUUGAACCUUGGUGUGAAAACCGGGCUCCCGUACAUCUGGCACAGCAAAGCCAGCAACCCUUUUGUGAAUCUGAAAAAGGAGUACAAAGGCAUCUAUUGGCAAGAAGAUAUCAUUCCCUUUUUCCAGUCACUAACUCUUCCCAAAGAAUGCACUACCGUUCAGCAGUGCUAUCUCGAGCUUGCCAAGCUCGUCAAGGCCAAGCUCUCGUCUGUCGACCCCUAUUUCACCAAGCUGGCGGAUGCUAUGGUGACGUGGAUCGAGGCCUGGGACGAGCUCAACCCAUCUGGCGAUGCUCCAGCUAAGAUCCCUAAUGGCGAUGCGAAAAAAUAG